GAGGAAGAGCUACACCCAGAGAGACAGAGAGAGAGAGAGAGAGAGAGAACAACAAAGACUGGCACUUCUGUUUUUUCUUUUUUGGCAAUAACAAAAAGGUGGGAGAGACAGAAAACAGCACAAAUAAGCGGGGACUUCUGCUUCAUUUCAUCAUCAUGACCAUAACGCGCUUUAAGUGACAUCCGGCAAUAAUAACGCGGCUUCCAGCAACAGAUGCGCGCGAUUCGCUUCUGAUGUGGAAGAAGAAGCAGAAGAAAAGCGAUCAGCUGGAUGAGGAGCUGGACUGAGAGCAUCAAGCAGAGAAAUCUGCGCUUUGAUUGAUCUUUUUCCGUAAAGCUUCACGUGCGUGUGCGCGCGCGCACAACAGCCGAACCUGAGCCAAACGCGAACUCCUCAGACUCCUCCUCCCUCCUCCUCCUCCUCCCUUCGGGUUCUCGCAUCCUCUCCCUCCUCCCCCCCACCCGGUGCUCUAUGCUCAGUUCGGUGUGUGUAUCCUCUUUCAAAGGGCGCAAGGGUGGGAACAAGUCGUCCAACAAAGCAUGUUACAGCGCAGACAUGACUUGUCCGUCGGAAAGCGAGAAAAUCGUGAUAAACUGCGGGGGGGUGCGGCAUGAGACGUACCGGAGCACCCUGAAGACGCUGCCCGGGACCCGCCUGUCGUGGCUCACCGAGCCGGACGCCUUCAGCAACUUCGACUACGACCCCAAAUUGGACGAGUUCUUCUUCGACCGCCACCCGUCCGUCUUCUCCUUCAUCCUCAACUACUACCGCACCGGGAAGUUGCACUGUCCCAACGAUGUGUGCGGCCCGCUGUUCGAGGAGGAGCUGGCCUUCUGGGGCAUCGACGAGACGGACGUGGAGGCGUGCUGCUGGAUGAACUACCGGCAGCACCGGGACGCGGAGGAGGCGCUGGACAGCUUCGAGACGCCGGAGCCGGAGGCGCCGGACGACGACCCGGCUCUGGGCGGCGCGGACGGGGACCUGAGGAGGCUGUGCCUGCAGGAGGACGCGCGCAGGGCGGGCUGGUGGAAGACCUGGCAGCCCAGGAUAUGGGCUCUGUUCGAGGACCCGUACUCCUCCAAAUACGCCCGGUACGUGGCGUUCAUUUCCCUCUUCUUCAUCCUCAUCUCCAUUUCCACUUUCUGCAUGGAGACGCACGAGGCCUUCAACACCAUCCUAAACAGGACAGAGAACGUCACAGACGGCAACACAACCCACGAGGAGAUAGUGUACGAAGUGGUGACCGACAGCUGGUUGACGUACGUCGAAGGCGUCUGCGUCAUUUGGUUUACAAUUGAGGUCUUGCUGCGGGUCAUCUUCUGUCCAGACAAGUUGGAAUUCUUCAAAAGUGCCCUCAACAUCAUCGACUUUGUCGCCAUCCUGCCCUUCUACCUGGAGGUGGGCUUGAGCGGUCUGUCCUCCAAAGCUGCCAAGGAUGUCCUGGGGUUCCUCCGUGUUGUCCGAUUCGUCCGUAUCCUCCGAAUCUUCAAGCUCACUCGCCACUUUGUGGGUCUCCGCGUCCUCGGCCACACCCUUCGUGCCAGCACCAACGAAUUCCUCCUGCUCAUCAUCUUCUUAGCCCUCGGCGUCCUCAUCUUCGCCACUAUGAUCUACUACGCCGAGCGAAUCGGGGCAGACCCAGAUGACCCGACGGCCAGCGCCCACACCAACUUCAAGAACAUCCCCAUUGGGUUUUGGUGGGCCGUGGUGACGAUGACCACAUUGGGUUACGGUGAUAUGUACCCGGAGACGUGGUCAGGAAUGCUGGUGGGAGCGCUCUGUGCCUUGGCUGGUGUGCUGACCAUUGCUAUGCCUGUACCUGUCAUUGUCAACAACUUCGGCAUGUACUACUCUCUGGCUAUGGCCAAGCAAAAGCUGCCCAAAAAGAAGAACAAACAUAUCCCUCGAGCGCCUCAGCCCGGGUCGCCCAACUACUGCAAGCCAGACGCCCUGGCAAUGGCCACUGCAUCACCGCAAAGGAUCUUGGGAAAUGUCUUAGGUGGAGUCAUGGGGUCUGGAGGAAUAGGGGGUGACUGUCCUCUUGCUCAGGAGGAAAUCAUUGAGAUCAACAGAGAUUCCAAGCAGAACGGUGACGCAGCUUCGGCCGCCUUGGCUAACGAGGACUGCCCCACCAUCGACCAGGUGCUGAGCCCGGACGAGCGGAGCCCCAUCGGGCGGGGCCCCACUCGGGAACGCUACCAGCAGGACCGAGCCUGCUUCCUACUCAACACCAGGGAAUUCCGUGCCACAGAUGGGAACGUGCGGAAAGGUUGUGUCAUAUCACGCGUGUCGACCGGCCAAGAGAAAUCUCGCAGUCUCAAUAACAUAUCGGGAGUGGCGGGUUCGUCUCUGCGCCUCGCUCCCAUCACCAGUCCACCGUUUGAGAACUAUGAGACGCCGGGACAACUGCGCCGCUGCCGCUCCCCCAUCCCCUCCAUUUUGUAGCAGAACGGAUCCUUGCGAUCGGACGCCAGAGAAACGCGGUGGAUUAGCUGCGGAUCACGCAGAAACUUCCCUUUGCAUUAUAAUAUAUUGUGCAAACAAAAAUAGCAAUAACGUUAAAUAAACUUGAACGUAGAGUGACUUCUGUUUGUACGCAGCAGGUAUGCAGAGGGGUUAAAGUACAAAACGUAGCUUUAAAGGAAGUUAUUGUAAAAUAUUAGACAUUAAAAUACUCAGAUCGGUUCAAGGACUAAAAAUAGCCUCACUGGUUUAAGGAAGAAAACAUGCUGAUAUUUUAGAAGUUAGAUUUGUAGAUAUGCAUUUUGUGUUGUGGACCAAACAAAACUAAGCUAGUAUCUCCAGCUGGAGAAAUGAAUAUGAAACAAGAAAACGCUCAUCAAAGAAAAAAGUCUUUGUUCGUAGAUUACGUCGAUGUUAGCAGUUUUCUGCAUUCGUCGUUUGUGACUAAUGAUGUAAGAGGAUAGUAGAAAUCAUCGCGGUUAGCUCUUUGUUUCACUGAUAGCAUCCUGUCAUCAUAGGACACUUAUGUGGAAAGUUUAAACAGCAACUUAAAGCAAUGUGUAGUUUAAAAAAAAAGAGAGAGAUGCCAUGGUGUAAAUUAAGAUUAUAACCCGACUUCAUCUUAAUACGCCGGGAAUAGAAUCCCUCAUAUGCAAAUAUUACCUUGAAGUUGGCCGGAAAAGGUCCAUUCUGCCAUUUUAAAGUCAGAUGCUUAACAUUUAUGCUGCGUUCACACCAAACGCGAUUUGAGCGUCAGGCGCUUCAAGGUCACAUUCAAAGUCUAAGUGGAGGAAAGUUAAAACUCCUCUGGACGCGCGUUGGAGCGAGCCGUGGUUUCCCGUUGCCGUUUUCUUCAUACAACGGUAAAUGAACCUGAGAGUGGAACCAAAUUAUUAUGUAGUGAAAUCAUAACAGAGGCUCGGACGUCUUUCCUGAACAUUUUAUAAACGAUGACAGCUGAUAUUCUCCCUGUCCUGGUUACUUUGAACAACGGCGAUGAAAUGCUGAGAGUAUCGAGGUUUUAUCUGCUGAAAUUUGCUACUGUGAGUUUGGAGAGUUUCACAAGGUAACUUGGUGCUAACCCGCAUCGCGUCUCCUGGCAGGACGCCCCCUAGAGGCCACUAUGUCACACAGCGGAGUCUCUGAUUGGUUGACUCUCCUCGUCGAGCGGCAAAAGGUCAGAUUGUCCAACUCCAAAUACUUCAGACCGUCUCUAAGGAUCCCUAUAACUUCCUGCUCUAACAGAUCAAACUGCAAAUAUUCCCUAAAAUGCAUUAAUAUAACAUGCAAUAUCUUCCACUUCUCCACUCUUUGGUGCAGCCAAUCAGCUGCUAGUUUCCCAAGCUGCAUUUUAUUUUGAAUAUCAUAAAAAACUAAAUUAAAUCAGCAAAUUAAAGAUUUGGAGUUGCGAUCCACAGAAAAACCAGUGGUCAGGCAGCAGGGCCCUCCAGCUAAGUUUUCACACUUUUAUUUACUUAAUAACAGGAAAUGACUGAAUGGACCUUUGGACAAUAAAAAAAUCAUUUUCUGGUAAGUGAUACGAAUUAAAUAUUUAAUACUUUGUUUAUAUUUUUUAAAAAUAAAAUACAAUGUAUUUAAAAACGUAACAAAAUCAAAUAAAUUUUAGAAAGUCAGAUUUGAACGACUUUAACUACGAAGUUUAAACAAAAACAAGCACUUUACUAACAGUCAGUAUUGAUUACUAAUAACCUGUAAUGUUUGCAUGUCGGCAUAAGGAAUGAAUUCAGACACGCCAUUGAACACGCUUCGCUUCAUGAUUGUUCCUUUCUUUACUCGGGUUUUCUUUUGUUUUAAAUGUUUUUCUAAAAUGGCCAAAUCAUCUUUUUUUUUCUUUUUUUUUUCUCAUUUUACUGAAAAUAAAUAAGUACAUUUUGCUUUUAAAACCAAGCUAAAUAUCUUUCGGUGUAUAUUUUUCAUGUUUGUACAUUCUGUGUUCAGAUCAGCAAAAAAAAAAAUGGAAAAAAGGUGGGAAAAAUUUCACAUUCACAUAUGCAAUAAAUGUGCAAUAUUUCUUUGAUGCUGGAAAACAUGCUGUGCAUAAACAUGUAAAUAUGCAGAUAUAUUUUUAACCUAAAAAAAGUGCACAUUUAACUACUUGUUCGCAUGUUUCAGCUCCUCUGGGUGUAAGUAGUAGAAGUGAUCAGACCUGAGCCGUUUCCAUGUCGAUGUGGUAGCCGCCUGAAAUGGUUUUAGUUGGAAAAAGUUUGAUAUUCUCCUUGUUUUCUGCUGCAUUUCGCUGUAACGGUCCGCAGUGCUGUUCCACUGGAUGGAAGAAGAAAAAGUCAAACUAAAACGCACAUUUUCCACCUGUAAAAUCCGUCCGCUUGUUUCAGUGUUGCUAGUAUAAAUAACUGUUACAAUCUGUGGUUCUGGCACCAGUUUUUAAAUCCAUGUGCUUCCAAAGAUCUGAACUGGAGUUUGUAAAUGAGUCUCAGUUGAGCGGAUGAAUGUUUGUUGGAUGGUUUAGAACAUUUUUCACACAGAUUUAACAUUUUCAUGUAAAAAAAGAAAAGAAAAAGAGGUUGCAGUGUUGUAAUGUUAUCUGAACACUUGUCAUUCAGCAUGCUGAGCAGAUUUUCAGACUUUUUGUGUAAAAUAUGAACCUAAACUCUGGUAGUGUUUUUUUUUUAAAUAAAGAGAGAACUUUUGUGAGCAUGCAGUGAGGAAAAACGCACGCUGACAUCGACCAUGACCAAACUGAGAUUUGGCUCAAAACAUUUGCUAGGAUAAUUUCCCUCCUUGGUUUCCUUUGCUUGGCUCCUCAUUAACCCUCUUAGCCUCACUUACAUCUUGUAUAAUCAUAAAGGAAGGAGAUUAUAUUCUGUGGAUUAUACUUAAAUCAUUGGUAUCAUUUACAGAAAUAUAAGUAGGAAUAUUUUUGUGCACUGAUGCAACUGGAGGAAUCAAACAAUGUCUUUAUUUUGCACAUUUUUCCUCAUAUAAAUGCUGUAUUUACUCAGAUUCGUAUUUGUGUUUUAGUAACAUAGUUAGCUUCUGUUCCAGUCAGAGUUAAAUUGUAGUUUUAACCUAAAGUUGUAGAAAAUCAAACAGAAACAGGCCUUCCUUCCUGUGCCUCCAUGAGGUCCCUGUAGACCCUGAUGUCAAUUUAGGAUGCAAAAUACAGCUAGAUUUGACUAGCUAAACCUUUAAAGCAGCACUUAAUAUGGGAAAUGUACAUGUGAAUGCAUUAAAAUCACUUGAAUUCAGUCAAACUGAUUAUUUAUGUUUACAUUAAGAUUUUCAACAAUGAUUGGAUAUGUGCAGCUCUGGAGAAUGAUCUCUGAUUUUACUUUUUUAUAUGUUUAUGUUUCUGUAAAAUGAACAUUAUUCUUUUAUUCCAUGAAUGAAAGAAUAAUGAUAACACAUCUCUUAAAUCUCAAACAAAUAUUUAGUAUUUAUCAGCAGAAAUUGAGAAAUGGUGAAAACAAGGCAAAAACCUGCAGAGCUUUCAGACCAGAAAUAAUGAUAAUCAUUCAGAAACAACAACAUGAAUGUUUUAACUCAGAAGUCAGGAUUUGGUGAAAGAACCAGGUUUUCAAUGAAGCAUUUUUUUCCAGAGCUGUUUAUUAUUAUUAUUAUUAUUGAUGUUAUUGAUAAAAAGUUCAUGUCGACAAAAACUGUUUUAAUAACUGCAGACAAAAUUGGAUCAUAUAAGGAAUAAAUGUAGAUUAUUGAAUAGUUUCUUGCAAAACUAUUUUUAGUCUUUGAAAAUGUAAACAUUUUUUGUGGUAAACAAAAAUCCAUGCAUAAUUUUCAAGUGGAAGACAAAGAAGAUAUUUAAAUUUCAUUUAGAUAUUAAACGCUCGAAAAUAUGGCAUUCAUGUGUAUUCCCCCUUUUAAUACUUAACCCCUAAAUAAAAUACAGUAAAAACCUUAAGAGGUAACUCAACAAGUAAAUAGGUUUAUAGAUAAUAUAACUCCCAUUUAUUUUAUUUCAGUUAAACUUGCUGCUUGCAGUUUUUGGUGGAAAACAUUCGAGUCUGGUUUGUUGCACAGCUAUGAAUUGUGUUUGACUUAUAAGCUCUGCAGUGGCAGAAAUACCACAUUUUGUUCAAAAGCUUAAUGUUGGGAAAUCCAGACUAAAAUAACUGCUAGUUACAGCAGUGGAGAAUAUUUUGAUCAGAUGCUUUCAUCAGUUAGAAUAGAUUUAUGCCUUUAAGGAUUUAUUAAAAUGUUCAGACUCAAAGAUCCAUGUAUGAAAGCCAUAUAGAGAAAAAAUAAUCUGCAAUAAAUUACUAAUUAUUGUCAUAUCAGAUCACAUAACUUGAAUUUUGAAUAUUCUUUUAGUUCAGUUGUCAAACUGAAGGUAUGGGGGCCAAAUCUGGUCACAGAAGCUUUUUCUGUGACCCUCAGGUCUCCGGUUUUUCACAAACAUUGAAAGUUCACACACAAUCAACAGGUUCAAACAUUUUUUCUGACUUUACUGCAAAUUUUUUCCCAAAUUGAUCAAAAAAUUUGGGUUUAAUUGACUGCUACCUGUCUGUGAUCGAUACGGCGAGUAUAAAAAUGAACUGCAAAUAUAAAAAUUCCUGACAAAUACUUCAGAAUUAGCAACACAAAAUCUGUGAUUCUGAUUCCAAAAAGCCCCAAAAACAAAACUCUGAUCAGUGACAAUUUAAUUUGAAGAAACACUGAUUGAAUACGAAAACAAACAGCUAUUUAUUAAUAUCAUUGAUUAAUUUAAUAAUAAAAUAGGUUUGAUCAAUACAUCCUGGCACAACCGGCCCUUUAAGAACAUUCAGAGUUUUUAUUUGGCUCAAAAUUAAAUUGAGUUUUAUUCUCCUGAUCUAGUUACAAUUUGGAUUUAUUAAAAAAAACACAAUUAGUACUUUCAAAAAGUCGCAUGUAAUUUUGGGAAGAAGAAAACCUGAUAUGAGUUAUUAGUUAUUUUGACAAAAUGGCAGCUGUUUGGACAACGUUUUAAUGGCCUUGCUGCUGAAAGUGUGUUAUGUAAAUAAAGUUGCCUUCUGUGAUUAAAAAAAAAAAUCUCAAGUUUCCAAAAAUUCACGCAUUUAUGUCAUACUUAGGAGCAAUUUUCCAGUGAUACAAAAAUGGUGAAAAUACGACAUUUUAUUGCAUAAAAUAAUAGAUUCAUAGAUAAUGUUACAAGAAGAUCUAGAACCCCCUGGUUUAAGAAGUGACAUUACAAUCAGUUUCAAAUCAAAAUAGAAAUAAAUAUAUAUGUAAAUCUAUUUAAAAGAAUAAUUAUAUAGCUUUAUAGAAGUUAAAAAAUAGUUGAUAUUUCAAAAAGAGUUCAUUUUUCUUUUCUGUGAACAUAUUUGUGCCUAUAUCUUAUUUUCUGUCGCAUUUUCCCUCUAAUCUGUAAGGAAACAUGCUGAUCUCAUCGUUUUAAUGUAUUUAUUACUGUAUGACAAUUCAUCAGGUAAAAAUGUUGUAAACUUUAAAGUUUUACUGGAUUUGCUGUAAACUUUUUGUUUCAUUUGACUGCCACUUUGUUGUUACAGUUAAUUUUCCAUUAAAAUCCUGUUUAAAACCAUUUACAGUUGGUAUUUUUAAUGCAGAUGUUAUAUUGUUGGCCUUGAUUUUCCCCUUUGUAAUGUAAUAUUCUACUGUUUAUUGAAAACAUUGUGCUUUCCCAACCUGUUUAUUUUUUUUACUGGCCUGUUGGAGGUUUAAUGAACUUUGGUGAUGCCUCUUCACUCCACGCCUCUUCCUGUGUGGACAUCAGCAGAUAAAGAGUGGAAAAAUGAAGAGCUCACAGAAGAAGUUGAAAAUAAUGGAUGAUGUCUGUCUGCUAUCGAUGGGUUUAAUGUAACACAAGAUUCAUUUUCCUUGAUUCCAUAAAGGAAGAUCCUUCAGAAAUGUCUUAAUUUCUCAUUUUGUGUCUUACCAUCACCAAUUAAAGGCACAAUUUAGAACCUGAAGACGUCAAACUCACCAUAAAUGCUAAGGCACAAAAUGACUGGCGCUAAAUCUACUGUUGUAUUUUACAAAAUUUUUUUCUUUGAAAAUUGAACCUAUUUCUGAACAUCUUUCUUUGCAGUUUUGCAAACACACGUCGGUAAAGCAGCACCAAAUCAUAUGCAGAGCUCUCUAAUGUUGUUCAGUUUGAGAAAAGUCGGUUUUCCAUAUUUUUGUAAUGUUUCCAUUUCAUAAUUUUGCUGUUUAAGACGAGCCAACCAUUCCAGCUGAUUUAAGUGUUUGUUGAAGCAUUUUAUUUCACUUCAUUCUGACACAGUUAAACUGCAGUUGACAGGUAAUGGUAACUCCUGAUUACUUUACAUUUGUUCAUAAUGUCAGAACCUAAUUAUUCAUUAAAUUUGUAUUUGAGAAACCUCAGCUAACCAAAUAUGAAGCAGUUAAGUUUCGGCGUGACUGAACAUGAUUAUUUGAAGGUUAGCGACGUUGAACUUUACAUUAACGGCUUUCUGUUUCUCUCUUUGCAGUGUUAAGUUUCUAGCAUUCGCCUUCUCUGUUAUGAGGAGUCAGUAACUGGUAAACAAAUUGCGGCGGGAGCCACAUAAGCGACAGGCUUGUCACGGACGGACAGUUGAAAGGAGAUCUUUGAGGUGACGAGAGAGACCAGAGGGUAAUCAUGAAUUUAAAAAAUAUAUAAAUAUGUAUCACACGAUCUGCUCCUCACAUUGUUACCAAAGCAGCCUCUUGGAUCGCCAACCACACCUUUUUUGACAACAGUUCACCUGAACCCCUCCCACCUGCCCAGUUCUUCUUCCUGUGCCCCCUUCCCUUGUCCUUCUAGCGGACUGAGCAUUGCACUGACACACUUUUGGAGAAAACGGAACUCCUGAUGACACAUUCCAGACGACAUCUCUCUGACAGUGUAAUGAACGCCAUUCUGCUUUUUGACCAAAUCGGCACCGCCUGCAGUGCUGAACCACCGAGCAAGUUUCGCGGUCACGCACUCGUCUGUCACCUGGACUCCAACGAACAAUGUAGCAUCUCUGCUAACACACUGUAGCAUCUGUUGGUUGGGAAAUACCUUGACUUAAAAAAACCGAUCCAUCCACAGUUCAAGGAGAGAGAAAAUUAUGCAUUCAAGGGAUCUUCUAGAUGUCACUCCUGUAUUCCUUUCCAGUGAAGAAGAAGAAAGUCAUUAAGGGAGCACAUGAGAGACAAAGGAUUGGUCUUAUUCAAUACAACAAUUAAUUCAAAAAAGAGAGAGAUGCAAAUAUAAAAACGCACAGUGUUUAACGGCACCUCCUGCAGCCCCUUGUUAAAGUUUAGCACUUGUAUAGUCUUCCAUUUACUUCUAUUAGACAGAAGUACUGCCCUGCUCAUCAAACAGCACUAACUGAAGCAGAACAAUCGAAGCACAUGUAGCAUUAUCUUAAAAAAAGUCAUUUUAUACUCGCCCUAAACAGUCUCCAUUACUAAAUAGUGGAAAAAGACUUAUCUUUAUCUCUCAUGUACUGAAGUGGGCUUGCACGAAAAUCUAUGUUGGGUACCAAAGGUCCUUUAGCAUGCACUUGCUGAAUGACCAUCUGUAACGUAUAGUAGAUUAGUAGAGAUAUUAAAUAUAGAGUGAGGCUCCUACUCCUUCUCAUGCUAACCAUUGUCUCUUAGUCCUUUGACUGCCAGUAGCUUCCCGUGCCUCACUGCACACAUAGGAAAAAUCCCCGUGUCUGGGUGACGGAGACUUGAUUAGUAAACAGACUGACUCCAGGAGUCAAACCCUGUUGGAAUAUCGGCCUAUCCUGCCUAAAAUACAACAACAACAAAAAAAAAAAAAUGCAAACAGUUCUGCAUUAUUUUGAACGGGACCAAUCUGGUGAAUAUUUCCCCAAACACUGCCGAUUCGGCGCCAAGACUCCUCUGAUGCAUACUGCCCUGCCUCUCUUGUCCCUCUUGCUGCCAGCAAGUGCUUCACUGGCAACACAACGUCACGAUGAAGUACAGGGGGCAAAGAGGCCCAAAGGAUAUAUUCAGAGAAAAGAACCAAGAGUAAGAGCAAGUGUGGACGUGUACAAAGAGAACAAAUCUAUAUUUUGAUAAACAAAUCUACGAUGCUCCGUGACUUUGGAGAUGGGGUCCCGUCCGGGAAAAAUAAAACAAAGGUCUCAUACAAGAGAAGAAAAAUAGUUGGUGGAAAGGAUGCAAGAAAAGAAGUAUUCCUUCAUGCUGGGGUGUGCAACAUAAUUUAACCCACAGGUGUUGGGAAUGAAAAAAGGUCUCUAGAAAGACCUUUAGCAAUGACUGACUCUUGCCCAUUCAGACAUGGAAAAGAAAAAGGAUGGACAAUAAUCCUUUACAAAAAAUGCAUUUUACAGAAAAUGCAUUUUUGUAACUUUGUUUACCAGCAUGACUACUUUGCAUGACUGUCUUUUCUGCAAGCCCUUAGUUGAAGAUAAGGGUGCUAGAGAUACAAAAAAGUAUAUAUAAAAUAAAUUUAAAAAAUGUUAUAUGCAAUUAAUGUUUUAAAAAAAGAUUAUAAUUAAAGAGAAGAGCUAUAUUUUCUUUUGAGAAGUAAAAAAAAAUAAUGUGAAUAUUGAAACAUGUAUGUUUGCAAAGUACACCCUGAACAAUGUUUUGUUUGAUGAAAUCUCUCUGCUACUACUGCCCUACACUCUUCAUUCCAGUGUUUAUGACCUCUGCCAUGGUUUUUAUUUUGUAACGCGUUGAGCAGCACACUUUCUAAACAUUCAAUUGACCAAACUUUGCCCGUAGCAUCUGAGCAAAGUGCUAUAGUUGUUGUCAGUCACAAAGUCCAUGUUUCCUCCUUGACUUGUUUGCACAUCUUCCGUAGCAAAAGCAGCACCCGUACUGAAACAGCAGCUCUCCAUGUUCCGAAAGCUUGAUUAGUACUCAUAGUUUGCUAGUUUUCUUUGGCAAUAACGCAAGAGUUGUCGCGACUGUAGCUGAAAAAACGGAGUCCUUUGAGUUAUCUUCAAAGCUUCGGUGUUGAAGGGAUUCCUAGGAGUCUUGGACGCCUCGUUCGCAGAGAUAGCAGUCUCACCCUCUGCAGGACAACAGGAAGUCCAAUAAGAUAAUAAAAGAUGCAAUAUGGCGAGGAGUUGGGAGAGAUUUUUAAGUUUGCGUGGAACUAACUGCCAUUCCAAAUUCAGAGCGUCGGCUUUAGGGACUCAGGUGUGCUGAUGGUGUGUGUGGAUGUGACGUAGGUGUUUUGCUAUUUUCUUUUAACAUAAUAAAUUCUAAUAUAUAGAAAAAUAAUAAUGUGAACACCUCACAGUGAUGUGUUAAAAAAUUAAAAAUCAAAAAAACAGAACAAAACAAACAAACUAAAAAAACAGCAUGCGUUAUGACUUGAUAAUCUCUCCAGGGGGAACAGAGUCUUGCCAUUUCCCUCCAGCCUUCUGUCAUUGUUCCAGUCUGAUUCCAGCCCGGAUAACUUUAUAAACACUGUGCCGUGGUGUAGAGCAGCAAAGUCUUCCUUGGAGAGGCAACUGAGAACUACUCACACUCACAGUGUCGGCAUGAGUGUGUAGAGGUAGCUUGUCUUCAUUUUUUUUCAAAAGGUCAGGUCUUAGCAUCUGUCAUUACAACACGGUCGGGUUCUUGUCAUCCCACUGGUUAGUUCAUCGUAUCACAAUGCAGUCAUGCAAGCACCAAUCAAAGAGACGCAGAGCUUCCAAAAUGAUGUCAGAAAGAGAUAAAGAAAGGGUAAGAAGUGGUCCGCCUGGGGGAGACUGAUGGCGAAAAUGAAUCAGUGACAGCCUGGAGGAAGACAAAGGUAAUCUGUUGAGUGUUGAGGGGUCUUCAAGAACUUCUUUGGUUUGGUUUUCCCAGUGAGUUCAGGCCCCGCUGGUCCGGGGUUUAGCUCAGGCAGCUGAACGGUCCUCCGCCAUUUCUUGUUCAUUUCAGGGUGAAGUAGACGACAGAGAGCGUUCAACAGUUCUGUUGAGUCCGCGCAGGUUUAACAGGGUCUACGACUUUCUCUAUUUGCAAAAAUCGUACCAACACCCAGUUUUCAUUCUGGAACGUUCUCAGAGUUUGGAUGGCCACAGAGAUUUUUCAGAGGUGGCGUGCACACCGGCAAAAAAACACAAACAAAAAAACUUUGUGAUUCACCCAAUUGUUUGUAAGUUGUGUUUUUAUUUUUUAUGGCAAGGCAAUGUUUUUAUUUUCAUGGCACUGUUUUUCAUUGUUACGUUUGCCAUAUCUUUGUUCUCCACAUUGCAACUCUGCCAGCGGCAGGAUGAAAAAGAUGUCUUUUUUUUCCCUAAUGCAUAAUACUGCCAUUUGAUUUAGAUUUGGUAAAUGGGAUGAGUUACAAUGUUGAUUGUGCUAAGUCUGUUUUAUUUUUAAAGGCUUUUUAUCUGUUAGGAAAUGUAAAAAAAAAACAACAAAAAAAAAAGCAGUCACCUCUUGCAACCAAAAGGACAGAUAUGCUUUGUGUUGGCGUGUUACUCUGAUUUGUCCUGAAGGUGCCACAUGGUCUUUGGACAACAACAUCCUGUUUGAUUUGACUUACAUGUUUGUUCACCUUUAAAAUGCUUUCAUUGCGUCUAUUUUUGUUUGAGAACACUGUAUGCAAUCCACACCAUGAAUGCCACUGAUCGACACUUACUGUAAGCUCCCUGAGUCACAGAUGUGCUGUCAUCAGUUUUCAACCACCUAUUUAGUGGCUUUAUGGCUUUCCAUAGAGUUACAUAGUAAUCACCUGUAUCUUAAAAAAAGUAUUUUACAAAUUGAAAAUAUCACAGCUGUUUCAGAGCAAAUUAUAUGAUACUAUAUAAAGUUUUCCAAUAUAUGAAAUGAUAUUUUAAUUAGAAGAUCUAACAAGUCUAACCUCUUUAUAAACAUCUAAUUUACUGCAUUCACAUAAGCAUCCCAAAGAUUCAUUUUACAUACUAUUAUUGUGUAAAACAGACUUAGGUACAUGUCCAUUGUACUGUGAUCUUAAAUGGAGCCUGAAUGGGGAGAAGCGGUGGUCACUGGAGCGUCAGGUUGUGACUUAUGCCGGAUUUCAUUUUUGAAAUGUUGAGACACGAAGAACAACUCAUCAAGAACUGUACAAAGUAUAUUUCAAUGGAAUGUUCAUGAUCUAUCUUUUUAUAUUUUGAAGAGAAAAAAAAAUAGAAACAUAUCAAUAAAGCGUCAUAAUUGAACAUAUUUCUACUAUUGAGACUUAAAAUGUAUGAAUGUCAAUGCGAUCUAAUGUGAACCAACCUGCAUUGCAGCUUGAAUGAACCACUGAACAACAGUCAUGAGAUGCUUUUUCAGAGUCGUUGAAAUUGCUUAAAAAUCACUGAGAUCAAACUAAAAUAAAUGGAAGAGUAAUCUCA